UUCAGUCUUCGGAGACAAAUAGUGUUGCAAAAAUUUUAAGUGUUUAACCAUUCAAAUGAUGGAUCAUUCUGAAAACGAUUGUGACGAGUCAAUUUCAAUGCACGACUUUUUAGAUUUUCUUAAGAUAACAUGUCAAGUGAAUGAUUCUUUUAACAGCAGCAAGAAGAAUGCACCUCCUUUCGAUUACAACCAACUGGCUAAGAAUGAGCUUGUUAAUAAUAUUAACGCUAAAACUGGUGUGACAACGGAGAACACUAACGUUCCUGGUUCUUCACCCACUAAACAAGGCGUUAAAAAAGAUGUUAAGGACGAUGUGGCUCUGAAAAAGACGUACAAGAAGAAAUCUCUUUCGCAUACAAAAUCUCAAAAAAGUAAACCUGAAACUUUCGGUCCCCCUAAGAAAAAUUUAGAUGCUUUGUUGAACGAAAAAUUGGAUGAAGUUUUGAAUGAAGGUAUUUUGGACUCUGUUCUGCCGUUCAUUUGCCCGGUAAAUGCUCUGAGCACGAACAGUUAUAAUAAAAGCAUUAUAGCCAAAUCAUCGGCUAAUCCCGUGGUGCAGAUUACUACUGGCACUGGGGGCAGCAAAUCGGCUAAUAGUGGAAUCGAAACGUCUUCCCCUGAGGUCCAAAGUGGAAGCGGUAUAAAGAAAACUAAUUUGUCUGCUGUGGGAGACGUAUCGCAGUGCUUCCUUAUUGCAAGCAGCACAAGUAAAACUGGAGCUAGAAGAAAAACGUCGAUUUCUCAAAUGACCAUCUUAGACAGUAGAUCGGAGCCAGAAGUGAUCAUUCACGUGUGCGACGAAGUUAAAGGAACAUCUCGAGAUUUUUCAUGCCCCCAAAAAUUGUUAAUCUCUAAAAUGGGAUAUUUUGCGGAUGUAACUGCUGGCCAGAGACUUGAGGAUAUGGAUAUUUCAGUGCAUUGUGAUCUGCAAAUAUUUGAAUGGCUUAUGAAAUGGGUAAAAAAGGAUUCGAUAUCUCAGGACGAAUGGCCCGUUCUCGAUCCAACCAAUGUAGUUCCCAUUCUUGUUUCGGCUAGCUUCCUACAAAUGGAGCCAUUACUGUUGGAUUGUCUAUCCUUCUGUCACGCACGCCUCAACGAAGUUGUUAAAGCUUCCGCGAACUUGGCUUGUUUGAACGAUAGCAUAAUAACGCGAUUGGCCGCAAUGUUUACUAACUUGGAACUGGAAAUGGUAAAAGAUAAAAAGGAUCGUAUCGCUCCUCGUUUGUGGACCAAAAUGAUUCAAAGUCUGUGUGAGAUCGAACCCCAAGCACUGCGGGGACAUUAUGCUACCCUGAUUGGAAUGUUUCGUUGUUUGAGAUGUGGCAAAUUUUUAACACAAACAGUUAGCACAUUUAUCCAUUGUGUGCCACAGAACAUACGCCUGAACCGGUGGGGCCAACUGAUCAGUUCGCAUGUGAAAGAUUCUUCCUGGAACAUUACUAGCUAUGUGGCCAGUUUACACAAAGAGCUGCGAUCGUGGCGUAAGGUAUACUGGCGACUGUGGGGCCAUUGUCACUUUUUGUAUUGCGCCAUUUGUGACACACAUUUUGCCGUUUGUCAAAUGUUGUGGUGUCAGUAUCAUCCGGAGCAACCUCAAUUUUUAGGACCAGCCGCUGAAGGACGUGUCACUGGACCAGCAGGUCGAUAUCCUUGUUGUGGGAAGCAAGCCUACCGUUACGAGACUUUGCCAGGACCAACAGGAUGUCAAUUUAGGGAACAUACAGUCCAAGCAGAUACCGAUCGUGAUCGUGCAAUUCAUCAUUUGGCCAUGCAAGCAGCAGAAGGUGGUUGUUUGUAUGAGACAGCACCGUUCAAGCCUUCCAAUACGGCAAGUGAUCCGUGGUGGAACGGAAUCGGUAUAUUACCACACCGGUCCCGUCAGGGUCUGUUACCUAUGUUUCAUGUGGAUGGCGAUGUCCAUGCAAGUCGUGUUAAUCGAAAGACAAUAACGCGGCAACUGUCUCUGUCGGUAGCCGAAUCCGAUACAGAGACCGAGUCGGAAGAUGGUGAAAAAUCUGGUACCAUUCUAAGUCACACUUCCAGCAGUAGCAGUGACGGAGGAGAAUCCGAGUACAGCAGCCCUCGAUCGUUCCGUCCUAAGAGUGUUAAGCACAAACCUAAGAUUUCAUACGGCAGGCAUUGGGCCGGAGAAAUGUCGGCUCGUAGCAACCAGGAUAACCAAAGAGAAUUUGAGGAGCGAGCCAUGAAACAGAUUAUCGCAAUGGUUGGGAAGAAAACAGGGGGAGAGCAAAAUCAACAAUACACUACUUAUCAACAGGGUGGCACAUACAUUAGGCUCGAAGCGGACUGGCGAGAAUCGUUCAAGCAGAAGAAUUUAGCCAGUAUAAAGGCAAAACCGGGUGGCGUCAAAUGAUGACUGUUUAUCGAUUUGCGCGAAAGGUCUUUUGAGAAAACACUUUAAGGUUGUGUUUUUUGAUUUUUUAUUUUUUACUUCAUCAUGUUCGACAACAGUCAAAUUCGUGAGUCAUACCUAACAUUGUUUAUUAGCUAUGCUUAAGAUUAUUUAUAAACUCACGUAGCAUUUUCUUAUUAGAAUAAACGCAAAUUUCACUCCAAAUUAGAAAAAAAUAAUUCUGAGCGCGACCCAAUUUCAACUUUGAUGAAAAUUUGAAGUAGAAAAAGUUUUGCAUACAAAAAACGUAAAAAAACGAAAUCUGAAACUAAUUAGUGAGUUUUCCAUUAGCCCUUUCAUAUAGUAACAUUUUCAAUUGUUCAGGUAGCAAUAGACAUCGUUACAAACAUUGAUCUGUAGAGAAAAAGUCAACCAUGU